AUGGAUUUAGUGAUGCCACCGCAGCCGCUGGUGCUGUUCGGUAGCACCGCGAAGAACUGCAGCCUGUUCAAGCAGCGGUUCGAGCUGUUCCUGCAGGCCACGGAGCCGCCGAAAGCAUUGCACGGAAAGCACGGAGCCGCCAAAGGCAUUGCUUCGGCGCCUGAAGUUUUCCAGAGAACUAUGAAUGAAAUAUCAGACCAUGCCUGGUACAGGGUAGGUGUUGACAUUUUUAUGUACGGCGGAAACUCCUACCUGUGCGCGUUUGACGCGUUUUCAAACUUUCCUGAAGUCGAAAAGCUCAUCGACAGAACGACGUGCACUGUCAUUGCUACACUUAGCUCAAGUUUUGCAAGGUAUGGAAUUCCGUUGGAAGUCUGCACCGACAACGGUCCUCAGUUUUUACCUCGUCAGUUUGCUGUGUUCGCAUCCAGAUACGAGUUCAAGCAUGUGACGUCAAGUCCGAGAUUCCCACGGCCCAAUGGCCUCGUCGAGAAAGGAGUCCAAAUUGUCAAAAGAAUAAUGAAGAAGACUGGCGAGCUCAACGAGGAUUUCUGGUUGGGUCUACUCGGCUAUCGCUCGACUCCACUAGCCGAAGGCCGGUCCCCUGGAGAACUCCUUCAAGGCAGGAAGUUACGCACUUGGUUACCAGACUUCGUGUCAUGCUCCAGUCAACUGACGUCUCGGCGCCAACCACGCAGCCAAAGGCCAUCCAAAGGGAAAAAUCUGUCAGCACUCAAGAAAGAUGCAGUUGUACGAGUACGAGGGGAUGCAUGGGACUGCAAAGCUCGAGUCAUGGGCCUGGCGGCACCAAGGUCUUAUCGCGUCCUUACAAAGGAUAGCAAGGUGCUUCGACGCAACCGACAACAUCUUCUAUCCACGCGUGAGCCAUUCCGGCGGGACAUAGCGGAAGAUGACUCUGAGAGUGAAGACAUUUCCCAGGAAAACGCAGGAGCACCACAGUCUAUAACACAGCCCACGCAAGCCCAGGAAAACGCUGGAGUAUCGCAGCCUACAACCCAGCCCACCCUAUAUGUGCCAAGGCGGUCCACCCAACAAAUGCGACAGCCUAGUCGUCUUCACUACGACCAGGAUUUUCACCAAGUGUCCCGUAUUGUGCUCGCAGACUUUUAA